ACCGCAGCUGCCCAGAGUGAGUCAAGGUUACUUGGCCCGAGGGCGGGAGCUGCCCAGACGUUCUGACCCUUUCAAGCCAGCUUUGCACAGGCUGCACGCUGGGAAAGAUUCGUGUCCCCACAGUUUGGGCGCCGCGAGUGGGCUGGAGCAGGGAGAGGUAGGGCGGGCGGGGCGGAGCUCGGCGGUUGCCAGGGGCGGGGCGGCACGGCUGGCGCGGAUCUCCGUGGGCGACUGCCACGCACUGUUUGUUGGCUCCCUCCAGCUCGCGCGCCGCCUGUUGCUCUCUAUUCCCGGCCGCCGGUUUCCCGCCGGGGAGGUAGGCGGACCGAGAGUACCAGCGCGUGGGUUGCCUCCCGCCUUCCUCUCGUCCCGGCUCAAGGGUGAUCAAGGGCCCCCCCACCCCCGGGCGUCCCCGACAGCGCGGACGCUGCCAGCUCCCGGCGCGCCCUGGACCGCGCGCCCAGACUCCGGGCGCUGCGCCGCGAUGAACGCGAGCUUCCUGAACCACAGCGGCCUGGAAGAGGCAGGUGGCGACGCCCGGGCCGCCCUGGGGAACCGUAGCCACGGGCUGGGCACGUGGCUAGAUUGCUGCUCCGGGGGCGCACCGCUGACCGCCAGCGACGGGGUCCCCGCGGGGCUGGCGCCCGACGAACGCAGCCUGUGGGUGUCGCGCGUGGCUCAGAUCGCCGUACUCUGCGUGCUGUCGCUCACCGUGGUCUUCGGCGUUUUCUUUCUGGGCUGCAACCUGCUCAUCAAGUCCGAGAGCAUGAUCAACUUUCUGAUGCAGGAGCGCAGGCCCUCCAAGGACGUGGGCGCCGCCAUCCUGGGACUGUACUGAGCUCCGCCGCCUUCGCCAACGUCGCAGCACCGCGAGCAAGGGACCGCAGAACAUCUGCCUGGAGGCUUUAGCCCCCGGCUGUGGUCAGCGACGUGGCUCGCACCGCCCCAGCCUGAACAUCUUGGGACUCAGCAGCAGCAGAGCGCACGAAGGGACUGUCACUCCGGGCUCUCACUCUGUAUGCGCUCCAGUGGGGGUCGGGAGCACAGGGUUCGUCACAGGUUUUUUACGAAGAGACAUUCCGGGCAG